AUGGUUGCACGCAGCCCAGAUCCUGAUUCAAAUUUGACCUCUUUCAAAUCCCAAGAAGUGACAAUCAUUCCACCUUUUCAAAACACACUGAAAGUAAAGGCUGGCAACCCCUCUCACAAUGGCCGUGUGUGCAGCACAUGGGGUAACUUCCACUUCAAAACCUUUGAUGGGGACAUCUUUUACUUCCCUGGAGUCUGUAAUUACAUCUUUGCAUCCAACUGCAAGUCUUCCUAUGAGGACUUCAACAUCCAGAUUAGACGUACAAUGGCGGAAAAUGCUACCGUGAUCACUCACGUCAUCAUGAAGCUGGAAGGAGCAGUGAUUGAACUGACCCGUGGCUCUGUCCGGCUAGACAACAAAUUGGUUCAGAUGCCCUACAGCCAUAUGGGAGUCUUGAUAGAGAGAAGUAACAACUAUCUGAAAGUUUCUGCCAAGUUAGGACUGACCUUCCUUUGGAAUGAACAGGAUGCCCUCCUGGUGGAACUAGAUAAGAAAUAUGCCAAUCAGACUUGUGGACUUUGUGGGGACUUCAAUGGAAUUCCAGUUAACGAUGAAUUUAUUUCAGGGAAGACAAAACUAACUCCCAUACAGUUUGGUAAUAGGCAGAAGAUGGAUGGACCCACAGAGCAGUGUGAUGAUCCUAUUCCUUCUACUGUUCAGAUGAACUGCUCAGCAGAAUUUGCUUCUAUCUGUGAGACAGUAUUAACCAGUAAAGCAUUUACGAGUUGCAACAUGCUUGUCAAUGUUCAGGACUACAUCGAAACUUGCAUACAAGACCUUUGCCACUGUGACAGUUCUAUGGCUGACUUCUGUAUGUGUAACACUUUUGCUGAAUACUCCCGGCAGUGUGCUCACGCAGGUGGACAGCCUCUGAACUGGAGAACUUCACAACUGUGUCCCAAAUCAUGUCCGUUCAACAUGCAAUACCACGAGUGUGGCUCUCCCUGCUCUGACACGUGCAGCAACCCGGAACGAUCUGCACUUUGUGAAGACCAUUGUACAGAUGGCUGCGUCUGUCCUCCAGGAAUGGUGUUUGAUGACGUUAAUGGUGCUGGCUGCAUUCCCCGUAGAGAAUGCCACUGCACCUAUGAAGGUGAAACUUAUGCUCCUGGAGCCUCCUUCUCAUCUAAAUGCAGAUCAUGUACCUGUGUUGGAGGUGAAUGGUCUUGUGUCACUCAGUCAUGCCCUGGGACUUGCAGUAUUGAAGGAGGCUCUCACAUUUCAACAUUUGAUGAGAAACAUUACUCUUUCUUCGGAGACUGUAGCUAUGUCCUAACCAAGCUCUGUGACAGCAAUGAAUUCACAGUUCUGGGAGACAUCCACAAGUGUGGCCUGACUGAAACUGAGACGUGCCUCAAGGGUAUAGCCAUCAGCCUGAGUGGAGGACAAACUAACAUUGUGAUCCAACCUUCUGGUAGUGUAUUUGUGAAUAUGAUCUACACACAGCUGCCAUUCUCAGCAGCAAAUGUCACCAUCUUCAGACCUUCAUCUUUCUUCAUCAUUCUGCAAACAACCUUUGGUCUUCAGCUACAGGUUCAACUUGUGCCUUUCAUGCAACUUUUUAUAGACUUAGACCCCUCACAUAAAGGGCAGACCUGUGGUCUCUGUGGAAACUUCAAUGACAUGCAGACAGAUGAUUUCAAAACCACCAGUGGUGUAAUAGAGGGUACUUCAGCUGCCUUUGGCAAUACUUGGAAAACUCGGGCUGAUUGUUCUGAUGCCAAAAAUACCUUUGAGAACCCCUGUACUGUCAGCAUACAAAACGACCAGUAUGCUCAGCACUGGUGCGGACUGCUCUCUGAUACUAUGGGACCUUUUGCUGAAUGUCAUUCAACAGUGAAUCCAGAAGUUUACCAGAAGAACUGCAUGUUUGACACAUGUAACUGUGAGAAGAGUGAGGACUGCAUGUGUGCUGCCCUCUCAAGCUAUGUCAGAGCCUGUGCUGCUAAAGGAGUUCUCCUCCCUGGAUGGAGAAGCAAAGCCUGCACAAAAUACACCACCUUGUGUCCGAAAUCUUUGAAGUACACUUACAAUGUCGAUACCUGUCAACCCACCUGCCGGUCUCUGAGUGAGCCUGAUGUCACAUGCAGCAUUAAGUUUGUCCCAGUUGACGGUUGCACCUGCAUAAAUGGAACAUACAUGGAUGAAACUGGCAAAUGUGUGCCUGCAUCUAGCUGUCCUUGUUACUACAAAGGAAUGCCUCUGUCUUCCGGAGAAGUUAUUCAUGAUAAUGGUGUUGUCUGCACUUGCACCUAUGGAAAACUGAGCUGCAUUGGAGAGAAACCUGAACCAGUCUGUGUACCUCCCAUGGUUUAUAUUGACUGUGGUAACGCCACUGGAGAUGUGGUAGGAGCAGGAUGCCAGAAGAGCUGUCAGACUCUAGAUAUGGAAUGUUACAGAACUCACUGUGUCUCUGGCUGUGUAUGUCCUCAUGAUCGAGUGCUAGAUGGCAAAGGAGGCUGUAUAGCUCCAGAAGACUGUCCAUGUAUUCACAAUGGGAAUUCCUACAAUCCAGGAGAAUCAAUCAGAGUUGGCUGUAACAACUGCACAUGUAGAAACAGAAAAUGGCAUUGCUCUGAGGAACCCUGCCUGGAAACGUGUUCUGUUUAUGGAGAUGGGCAUUAUACCACCUUUGAUGGCAAACGUUUUGAUUUUGAAGGAGACUGUGAAUAUGUUCUGGUCCAGAACUAUUGUGGUCAACAAGCUAUGAAUCAGGGAACCUUCAGAGUCAUCACUGAGAACAUUCCAUGUGGCACUACAGGAACCACCUGCUCUAAGUCUAUUAAAGUUUUCUUGGGGAACUAUGAGCUGGUACUCAGUGAUGGACACUCUGAUGUCAUCCAGAGGACACCUGGAGGAAAAAUGCCAUUCCAAAUCCGUUCCAUGGGUAUCUACCUGGUAGUUGACACCACUGCUGGUCUGAUACUCAUGUGGGACAAGAAGACCAGUAUAUUCAUCAAACUUAGUCCCAGCUUUCAGGGACAUGUUUGUGGACUUUGUGGAAACUAUGAUGGGAAUGGAAAUAAUGACUUCACUACUCGCAGUCAGUCUGUGGUAGGAAAUGUGCUGGAGUUUGCCAAUAGCUGGAAAGUGUCUUCUAGUUGCCCAAAUGCCAAUCGUACGAAGGAUCCAUGCACUGCAAACCCAUACAGGAAAGCCUGGGCACAGAAGCAAUGCAGCAUCAUUACCAGUGAAGUGUUUGCAAAGUGUCACUCCCAGGUUGAACCAAACGAAUAUUAUCAAGCAUGCGUGGAUGAUGCUUGUGCCUGCGACACUGGAGGAGACUGUGAAUGUUUCUGUACAGCAGUAGCUGCCUAUGCUCAAGCAUGCAAUGAGCUGGACAUUUGCAUUUCAUGGAGAACCCCAUCCAUAUGUCCUCUGUUCUGUGAUUACUACAACCCGCAAGGGGAAUGUGAGUGGCACUACAAACCAUGUGGAGCCCCUUGUAUGAAGACCUGCAACAAUCCAAGUGGGAACUGCCUUCAUGAGAUGAGAGGUUUGGAAGGCUGCUAUCCACACUGUCCAAAAAAUAAGCCCUAUUUUGAUGAAGAAACCAUGACCUGUGUUUCUAAUUGUGGUUGUUAUGAAAAUGGGAAAAACUACAAACCAGGAAUGGAGAUGCCUCCAAAGCAGAAUUGUGAAUCAUGUGAAUGUACAAUUCACGGCAAAGAAUGCAGAUAUGACGAACAUGAAUGUGUCUGCUUCUAUGAGGGACAGAAAUAUAACUACAAAGAUGUGGUCUACAACACUACAGAUGGAACAGGAGGGUGUAUUGUUGCAAUCUGUGGUCCCAAUGGAACACUUGAAAGGAUUAUCUAUGAGUGUCCAAUCUCAACAUCACCCACAACAGCAACAACAUUUCAUUUCAGCACUACACCACCUGCCAGUACUUCCACAGUGUCACCAACCACAUCAGUAUGUGUUCAUGAAGUCUGUGAGUGGUCGGAAUGGUAUGAUGGCAGUCUGCAAACCCCUGGUUAUGACGGUGGAGAUUUUGAAACCUUCAAUGAUUUAAGAGCUAAAGGUUAUGAAGUUUGUGAAGCUCCACGGGAUGUUCAAUGCAGAGCAGAAAAAUUCCCUGAUAUACCACUGAAAGACCUUGGCCAAAAAGUAGAAUGCAGUACAACAGCUGGGCUUAUAUGUUACAACAAAGACCAAAUUUCAACAAUGUGCAACAACUAUGAGAUCAGAGUCCUAUGCUGUGUUUUUGUACCAUGCUCUUCUUCAACAUAUCCAGUCUCUACAACUUCUGAAAGUACAACAUUGAUACAUUCAACAUCUGAAGAAACAACAACCACAACCAUAAUGACAAGACCGGUCACCACCUUUCCUUCAACACCUUCUCUUUGCUUUAAAGAAGAAUGUUACUGGUCCAGAUGGUAUGAUGUCAGUUAUCCAGGGUCUGGUUAUGAUGAUGGAGAUUUCGACACCAUUCAGAACAUUAAAAAAAAAGGAUACAAAGUCUGUGCUAACAGAAGGGAUGUGGAAUGCAGAGCAGUGAGGUUUCCUAACACACCAUAUCCUCUGCUGGAGCAAAACAUCCUGUGCAAUACAGAAGAAGGCUUGAAAUGUUACAAUAAAGACCAAUUGCCGCCUAUUUGCUAUAAUUAUGAACUACGAUUUAAAUGCUGUGAAAAUAUAACAGUACCAUGCCAAACAACCACUGAAAGUAUUAGUACUGCAAAAACAACAGAACCAACUACACUUUCUUCAACACGAUUCAGUACAACAUCCACAGAAGUAUCAACAACUCCACACUUGAUAACAAAACACAAGACAACACCACCAGAAACAUAUCAACCACAAACAGAUUAUAUUAUUACCAAAAAUACAACAAAACCAACAACACAAACUCAAAAAGAAACAACUACUGCCACUACGACAAAACACUUCACAAAAACAACUACAAAAACCACUGGAACCCAGACAACCACCACUACUACGGUAACAAAACCCUGUGAACCAGAAGUGUGCACCUGGAGCGAAUGGUUCGACGUCGACUUCCCCUCCGCCGGGCCCAACCAGGGAGACUUCGAAACCUACCAGCACAUCCGGGCCGCCGGGAAGCACGUCUGCCAGCGUCCAAAGGAGAUCGAGUGCCGGGCGGAGGACUACCCCGACGUUCCCAUCCAGCAGUUCUCCUUUUUUACAGGUGAUCUGAUUUACAACAGAAUGGAUAGUGAUGGAUGUAGAUUUUAUGCAAUCUGUAGCCCAGUAUGUACUAUUGAACGACACAGUGUACCUUGUAAUGUCACUACUACUUUAGCCACUACUUCCUCUGAGUGGUCUACCACAACAACAUCAGUUCCUCUGUCAACCACUUCGAAAAGUGUUCAUUUUCACGGCUGUGUUUCUAGUACAUACCCUCCCCUACAGCCUGGAGAACAUUACAAAUUAUCCAACUGUACAGAAGUCAUCUGUAAAGGAGACAAUGAUAUAGACAUAGUACCAACAUACUGCCCACCUGUAAAGGAAAUUACCUGUGCAAACAAAUAUCCUCCAGUCCUAGUACCUGAUGAAAAUGGCUGCUGUUACCGAUAUGAGUGUCAAUGUGUGUGUAGUGGAUGGGGUGACCCUCAUUACAUCACAUUCGAUGGAAUCUACUAUACUUUCCUUGAAAACUGCACUUACGUCCUGGUGAAACAGAUUAUUCCUAAAUAUGACAACUUCCGUGUUUACAUUGACAAUUAUUACUGCGAUGCAAAAGACGGACUCUCCUGCCCUAAAUCCAUUCUUAUUUUCUACAAAUCUGCAGAAGUGGUGUUGACUCGGGAACUCAUGAAUGGUGUCAUGACCAAUGUGAUGUACUUCAACAAAAAGAUUGUCAAACCAGGCUUCGAAAAAGACGGCAUUUCUUUCUCCACUCUUGGCAUCAAUAUGAUUGUUGAAAUAAAAGAGAUUGGUGCAACUAUCACCUUUAGUGGUCUAAUCUUCUCUGUGAAACUCCCAUACAGCAAAUUUGGCAACAACACCGAAGGACAGUGUGGAACAUGUACAAAUAACAAAGCAGAUGAAUGCCGUUUACCAAGCGGUAAGAUCAUUUCUUCCUGUCCCCAAAUGGCUCAUCACUGGAUUGUUGAUGACAACAGGACGUGCCAUGGAGUACCAAUAGUACCAACUAUAACCACACCUCCACCAAAGCCUCAUUGUGAAACACCUCCUCUCUGCAAGCUUAUCUUGAGCGAGAUUUUUGCACAAUGUCAUGCUGUGAUACCACCAGAACCAUUUUUCAAAGGCUGUGUUUUCGAUGGAUGUCGCAUAGAUGAUGAAUCCAUGCAGUGUUCCAGUUUGGAGAUAUAUGCUACAGAGUGUGCGUCUAGAGGUGUCUGCAUUGACUGGAGAGGACAGACCAACAAUACAUGCUCAUUCAGCUGUCCAGCAAGCUUGGUAUACAAGCCAUGUGGGCCCAUUAAUCCUGAUACCUGUGAUCAAAGCUCUGUUGAGCAUCCUGGCUUUGGAAUAACUGAAGGCUGUUUCUGUCCUGAAGGAACAACACUCCUGAGUGCAGAGAGCAAUAUCUGUGUCCCUGAAUGUUCUUGCAGAGAACCAAAUGGAGUACCCAGAUGGCCAGGAGAAAAAUGGACAAAAGAUUGCCAGGAAUGUGUCUGUGACAAAAAUACUCUUAAGGUGCACUGUACAAAACACAAAUGUUCUCUGACACAGCAAGUAUUUUGUGAUGAACCAGGUUACAUGCCCGUUCAGAUACAGAUACCAGAAGAUCCAUGCUGUACUAGGACUGAGUGCUAUUGCAACACCAGCCUCUGCCCUGAGGUCACGCCCCAGUGCUUAGAGGGACAAGAAAUAAUCACAAUAAUGCAGCCUGGAAAAUGCUGUCCUACCUUUGAAUGCAGACAUGGCUGCGUAGUCAAUGAAACUUACUAUGCGCCUGGAGCUGUCAUUCCAUCAGGCCCCUGCGAAGAAUGCACCUGCUCUGCAUCCUCUUACUUAAGGCCUCACCGUGUUACUGUCAAGUGUGAGCCUGUUACCUGUGACACAUACUGCCCACUGGGUUAUAAGUAUACAGAGGAACCGGGACAGUGCUGCGGCACGUGCAAGGCAGAGGCUUGCGUGGUGACUGUGGGACACAACAUUACACACGUGGUCUAUGAAGGAGAAUACUGGAACCCACCUGGUGAUAACUGUACAGUCUACACAUGUGAAAAACAUGCUGACCAGUUCAUUCAAGUCGUCAGACAGACAAGCUGUCCUGCCUUUAACCCUGAUGAAUGUGAUCCAAAUGACAUCAAGUUAUCUGACGAUGGUUGCUGUAUAGAGUGCCGAAGAAAACCAAAGCUUUGUAUGAAGCACAAUACUACAGCUGUCAUCAAAUAUAAUGGAUGUGUAUCUCCUGCACCUGUUGAGAUGACAUACUGUGAAGGCAGCUGUGAUGCUUACUCACGAUAUUCUCAAAAGACAAACACAAUGGAACACAAAUGCUCAUGUUGUCAGGAAAUCAAGACCAGCCAAAGAAAGGUGACUCUGACAUGCAGUGACGGAACCUACCUUGAUCACUCAUACACCUAUGUCGAGAAAUGCAGCUGUGUGACUGCUCAGUGCAUUCCCCAAGACAGCACCCAACAGGAGACAAGCCAGACAAAGACCUCUCAGGAACAGGCAAAUGUCAAAAAUUAGAACUGGAGACACGUCGCCAAACAAGGGUUGGACAUAAGACUGAAAUAAAAAAACUUUGAAAAAAUAUGGAAGUGUCAAGAGCAGCUAAAAUUUUGGAUGAACAGAUGAUAUUUUCUGCAUAAAAUCCCAAUAUGUCUUGUCUACAUAAUUUCAGUUUUCAUUAUCGAUAUAUCUCCCAUUUUUUCUUUCAUGUCUUUUACCUCCUUGAGAAGUACAGCAUAAGGUCAUCUUGUCAUUUUCUGUUCAUUUGUCUUCUGAGAAGUGCUGUAACAUAAGAUUGAGAGAUGGAUUUUUAAUAACAUUUUCAUUCCAGUUCAUUGAGACAAAUCAAAAGAUAAAUCCAGAAAACAAACAAAAACCAAGGAAAACUGUACCUCUCUGCUUCUAUAUGUUUCUUUUUGCAUUGAGGAAAACUUAGACUGCAGAAAGCCAUACUUUUCCAAAACUGUAAACUUCAAUAUUUUGGACAAUUUAUGAUGGACAUAUUUCCCUAUAUAUUUUUUGUGAGAAAAAGGAAAAAAUCCUAUUACGAGAAGCUGCUGCACACUACUUUUUGUUUACAUAACACCAUCAGCAUAGUAACUGUAUGAAAAUAUGGAUUUUUUUUUUUUGUUUUGUUUGUGGUUAACUGUUUACAGAAGAAGUAUAUAUAUAUAUA